AUGCAGACUAAAACUAUUGUACUUGUCUUCUCCGCACUCGUUGCCGUGGCUUGCGGGUCUUCAGUCCAAAUUCGGGAGGCCCUCCCUGCAGAACUCUCAGAACGCGCCUGCACUUACAACGGUUGUCAAUGUGUGAGUGGUCUGUCUCAAGGGGUGUAUUGUGGAAACUGCGUAGUAGGAGCCGGGACGUAUGCUAUCAAGACGAAGCGCGUUCGAACGCAUGCGUUUGAGUGUAACUCUAGCGGAGGAUGCUGUUCAUAUGGUGCGGCAAGUGACUGUGGUACAAGUCGUGCUCGAUGCAAAGAAGGGUCUCCUGUUUAA